UCGCUUUACCUGCCCUCCUGUUCCGUCUCUCCGUGGAUCGUCUACCCAGUCUCUCCAUCUAGACCAUCUCCAAUCAAACCCUCCCCUGCUCGCAGGCUCUGUCCAGCCACCCAACUCACCGUCUUGCCUCCUGUGCCAGCAAUGGCGUUAGGACAACCCCUGCACGUGAGAACCCCUAUUCGUGACAGUAUGACCUUAUCCAAAGUGGCUGGCACCACAGUCUAUCUCAAGCUAGAAAGUUCCCAGCCCUCCGGCUCUUUCAAGAUUCGGGGCAUCGGACACCUCUGCAAAACGUGGGCUGAGCGAGGCUGUGAACAUUUCGUCUGCAGCUCUGCGGGUAAUGCAGGCUUGGCAGCUGCCUAUGCAGCCAGGAAGCUGGGCAUCCCCGCCUUGAUUGUUGUGCCCAGCACCACACCUGCCCUCACCAUCCAGCGGCUCAAGAAUGAGGGUGCCAUGGUCAAGGUGGUGGGUGAGACCUUGGACGAGGCCAUCAAGCUGGCCAAGGACCUGGUGAAGAACAACUCAAAUUGGGUCUACGUCCCUCCCUUUGACGACCCCCUCAUCUGGGAAGGCCACGCUUCCAUCGUGAAAGAGCUGAAGGAGACGAUGAGUGCAAAGCCGGGGGCCAUCGUGCUGGCAGUGGGGGGUGGCGGCCUAUUGAGCGGAGUGGCCCAGGGGCUGCUGGAAGUGGGCUGGGGGGACGUGCCCAUCCUCGCCAUAGAGACCAUCGGAGCCGACAGCUUCAACGCUUCCACCAAGGCCGGCAAGCUGGUCACCCUGCCCCGGAUUACCAGUGUUGCCAAAGCGCUGGGCGUGACCACCGUGACAGCUCAGGCCAUGAAGGUGUUCCAGGAACAGCCUGUUUUCUCUGAAGUGGUCUCAGACCAGGAGGCUGUAGCCGCUCUUGAGAAGUUUGUGGAUGAUGAGAAGAUCCUGGUAGAGCCUGCCUGUGGGGCAGCCCUGGCCGCCGUCUACAGCCAGGUGGUUCAGAAGCUGCAGGGAGAGGGGAAACUCUGCACCCCGCUGUCCUCCCUUGUGGUCAUCGUCUGCGGGGGCAGCAACAUCAGCCUGGCCCAGCUGCCAGCCCUCAAGAAACAGCUGGGCAUGAAGAGCGGGCCUCUCCAUUGAGGACCCACCACACCCCCUCCUCUGGAAGGGCUGGAGUUUUAUCCAGAGCCUCACUGUAAAUACUCUUCUUGUAUCUGCUGGGAGCCUCCUGGCCCAGGCCAGCCAGUAACCUUCCUGUUCUCAUGAUGGGUCAGCUGUACAGGUGCCUGAAGGUCAGCAGCCAGCAAGGCUGUGAACAGGACUCUGGUAUCCAGGUGACAGCUCUCUGGCCACCCUAUCCACCCUGGAUAGAGUGACAGCCACCCACAUGGAACUCACCAGGUCCCCAGGGCGGGAGGGACAACACUGGGUAUCCCCUUUUCUAAUGUGUAAACGUUUUCAUUGAAGAAAAACGUCUAUUUAUUGAAA